AAAGACCCUUCGUUGGCAGAGAAACAACGCCCCUUAAAAAUCAGAGAGACACCUGAGUAGGAAGAAAUAAAUAAAACCGAAACGUCUCUCUCUGCUUUGUCUCUUUGGCUUGUGUUCUCUCCACCUCUCUCUCGGAUCUAGUCCAAAACGUUUUGGGGGCCCAUCGGAUGCCGUUUUGAGCUUGUUUUAUCGGCUUUAGAGAUUCAUUAAUAGGAAUUCUCUGGCUAAAAGGGGAGGUGAAAAAAUGGACAAUGAUGAGACUGGAUGCCAAGCUCCUCCUGAAGGCCCUAUUUUGUGCAUCAACAACUGUGGCUUCUUUGGAAGUGUGGCUACAAUGAAUAUGUGUUCUAAAUGCUACAAGGAUAUGAUGUUGAAACAAGAACAAACUAAGCUUGCUGCAUCAUCUAUUGGAAGCCUUGUAAAUGAAUCAUCAAGCAGCAAUGCUAGUGACCCUGUUGCUGUUACUGUUGCUGCCACUGUGGAUGUGCAAGUUAAGUCAGUGGAGUCAAAAGUCAUCUCUGUGGAGCAGCCCUCAUGUGGUUCAGGUUCAGGGGAGAGUAGUGUUGAGGCUAAGCCAAAAGAGGGUCCCAACCGUUGCAACAGCUGCAAGAAGCGGGUUGGCUUAACAGGAUUCAAAUGUCGCUGUGGUAACAUGUUCUGUGCUUCACAUCGCUAUUCAGACAAACACGACUGCCCUUUUGACUACCGCACUGCUGCCCGGGAUGCAAUAGCAAAAGCAAACCCUGUUAUCAAGGCAGAGAAGCUUGAUAAAAUCUAAAUCCAAUGUAAGUUUCAAUUUAUUGAAAAAGAGUGAUGUGGUCAGUUUCAUCUGUGGGGUCUUCUUCGGAGUUGGCCGCAUAUGUUUUCAGAUGUCCUUAUUUGUUUUGAUAUAUGAUUCUGGGAAGGGAAUGAAUGAGAGUUAGGACAUCUGUGCAAAAGUAUAAAGUACUCUAUAUCUUAUGAUUGGUGAGAACUUGUAUGUUGGCUUCAGUAUUUAGGGUCUGAAUCUCUGUGGUCUCUGGUUUGAUGAACUUUUUGUCUUGGCUAGUACCUGUGAAAUAUAUGUCAUAUCAUGUGGCAUAUAUCAUCUUUUAGCUGUUUAUGUGAAAAUGGUUGUGCGAUUUCUGGAUGAUAUGGAAUGCAAACAUCCAUGGAUUUUCUUUGUGCCUUUGUAAAUUUUUAAUUAUGUUUUCUUUUUA